AUGCAACAACCUAUAGGUACCACUUUACCAAAUGCACUCCCCAAUGGUGGGUCAUCACUUCACCAACGCCUGCAAAUAGCUGUUGAUAUCUCUGCUCAUGCCAGAAGGAUUGAUGUACCACCAAAUGUACUGUUGGCUCAGGGUUCAAAUGUGGGAAUGAUACAAGGAAUGAACGGGGGGAUGAUCAAAUCCGAAGUUGGAUAUGUCAGAAAUUCUCGGUACUUGUUUGGUGUUGAUGGCAGUGGCUUGGAAACACGUCCUGCUAUUGGGGAUGUUUCUUGUUCAUCUUUCAGCAGCAUAGAGUCUAAUUCGCAACCACUGAAUGGAACAAUCCUGGAUGCCGAUGUCUCUUCAAUUGGACUUUUUGGACAGAUACCUCGAAACUUCAGUCUAUCAGACUUGGCAGCUGACUUUUCUAAUAGUUCGAGUUCUCUUUCUAUCGAUAUAUUGGAGAGCUACUCCAGGUCACCCUUCCAGGCAGCAGGUACAGACAAUUACUUCGAUCCAAGUGAUAGGGUAAACCACCAAGGAGACGGUAAGAGGUUGGACACUAUAUCAGAAGGCUUCAGUUAUGAAGAUUUUGGCAGUGAUUGAUUGAAUAAUCUAAAUGUAGGGAAACCUGUGUGACACACCUAUUCUAUUGCGCAAACACUUUGUCUUGAUUGGGCUUCUGUGCACUGUUCACGUGAACAGUCUGACUGCUGCUCUUCAGCUGGAUCUCUGCUGCCUCUCGGCUGGCUUUUCUAGUCUUCUCAGCUGGUGUUCAUCUGCUUUCUUAUAUGGUUCUCUCAGCCAGGGGCGGAGCUAUGUAAUCAGCUGGCUUUCUGUUGGUUCUUCUCAUGGCUUUUCAGCCUUCUUCUGCGGGUUUCAGUUAGAAUUUCUGCCCCUGAUGUCCUGGAGUUGCUAUGUUUCAGCUGGAAUUUCUGAUGUUGCUGCCUCUCAGAUGGCUUUUUCUACUGCAUUCUGCUCGCUCUCAGCUGCCUCUCUGAUGCUUCUCUAGUCUCUUCAGUUGGUCUGCCUUUGUCUGUUGCUGCUCUAUUUUCAGCUGCUUCCUGCUGCUCUGCUUGUAUGCUUCUAUCAUUUUGCCCCUUCUGCGAGGGGGUGGGGACCUGCAGAUGAGAAUUUAAGUCUAUCCCUGUUUCUUUAUACUUGAAGCAUUUACUUCCUGUUAUUCCUUUUCCAUCCUCCUCUUUUCCCUUGUAAGUGAAAAAUUGGCUGAUACUUUUCUGUUAUAUUUACGCAGGGCACUAGUGUUUAUAUGGGAGCUGCUCCAAUUGUUGAAUGUAUGGAAAGGUACAAUGUUAUUGUUACUUCUCGGGUUGCAGAUGCUUCAUUAUUCUUAGCUCCAAUGGUUUGUGACAAGCAUAAAACAAUCAUGUUGACGGAUAUUUCAAAUGGAAUGGUUGUGUGUGGUGGUCAAUUUGAUUAUGCAUAUUCUGAAUAGUGUUGAGCUUGGAGAUGGUAUUUUAAGACAUGGAGCUAGACUGUUGGAGCUAUUCAAAUUU